AUGGGGUGGCUCACGCUCCUUCCCCUCGCCUUGCUGCCCGCGCUGAUCGUCACCCCCGGCAUCACUGCCUCCUCCACCGACGGCGGGGCACGGAACGCCUCGCGCUCUGCUGUCGCGGCUACGAGUAUCGGGCUAUCCAGCUUUGGCGUCUCGAUUCUUGACAGCGCCCGCUCACUUGAGAAGUGUCCGCCGUGCUUCAACUGUCUCUUGCCCGCAUUUACGUGUGGGCAGUACGGCGACUGCGACCCGUACGAUGGCCAGUGCAAGUGCCCGCCCGGAUGGGGCGGCAUCGAUUGUUUGACUCCCCAGUGCGACUCGCUGGCGGACGGCGAUGAGCGCCAUCUGCGCGAAGAGGGGAAACAGUGCGAGUGUAAAGAGGGCUGGGGCGGUAUCAACUGCAAUGUCUGUAAAUCGGACAACGCAUGCAAGGGGUUCCCGUUGGCGGGCGGCGUCGCGUCGUCGCUGACCGAGGGCGAAGACACGAUCGCGAACAUGACAUGCUACACCGGCGGCCAGACCGUCUUUGCGAACCACCAAUUCUGCAAUGUCACCAACCGCAAGAUUGUCGACAUGCUCCCCGACCGCCCGCCGCAAGUGACCUUCAGCUGUGACGCGCCCGCGGGCACAUGCGACUUCCAGUUCUGGACCGCGCAGGUCGAGUCGUUCUACUGCGCGCUCGAUACGUGCCAGACAGAGGUGCGCGCGGGGAUCGAGAGCAACACCACACUGUACAAUUGCGAGAAGAUCAAGUGCAGCUGUGUGCCGGACCGGUUCAUCUGCGGAGAGGACGGAAGCGUGGACAUUUCGGACUUCUUAACGGAGGAGAUCAAGGGCCCUGCGACGUUCAGCUGCAAGACCGGUGCCGGGUGCAAGUUCGAGGAGCCGGCGAUGAACCAGCUCAUCAACGAUAUCUUCGGUGACGGAUACAUUACUCUGGAGUGCGAGGGUGGAGAGUGCCUGCACUAUUCGCAGGUGCCGGGGUAUAUCAAACCCGUCAAGCCCGACAAUACGCGGUGGGUCGCACUGAGCAUCGCCGGCGCUGGAUUCUUUGUCGUGCUGACCUCGGCCAUCCUAUGGUAUGCGGGCCGCACGCGCCAGAGCGACUUUGGUGCGAUCCGCCUGCCUGAGGACGAGGCCGCGCGACUCAUGACGGACCACGUCCCCGCCGCGCUCCACUUCUCCGACCUCCGCUACACGCUCAACGGCUCCUCCACUACCUCUGCUACGGGCGGUCCCUCUGGCGGCGCGCGCGUCGUGCUCGACAGCAUCCAGGGUAUCGCGCGCCCUGGCCAGGUCACCGCGAUCAUGGGCGCAUCGGGCGCGGGCAAGUCGACGCUGCUCGACCUGCUCGCGCGCAAGCGCAAGCGCGGGGCCGUGAGCGGGACGGCGCUCGUUAACGGGCGCGUGCUCGACGACGACGACGCGUUCCGGGACGUGGUGGGCUUUGUGGACCAGGAGGACACAUUGAUGGGCACGCUGACGGUGUACGAGACGGUGCUGAAUUCGGCGCUGCUGCGGCUCCCGCGGGAGAUGGGGAUGGAGGCGAAGCGGUACCGGACGCUGGAGACGAUGAGCGAAUUGGGGAUCUUGGGGAUCAAGGAUGUCAGGGUCGGUCGUAGAUCAAUCUCGGGGGGCGAGAAACGGCGAGUAUCGAUCGCGUGCGAGCUCGUCACGAGCCCGUCGAUCCUGUUCUUGGAUGAGCCCACAAGCGGUCUGGACGCGUAUAACGCGUUCAACGUCGUUGAGAGCCUCGUUACGCUCGCGCGGGAGUACAACCGCACUGUCGUGUUCACCAUCCACCAGCCGCGCAGCAACAUCGUCGCGCUGUUCGAUCAGCUCAUCCUCCUUGCUCAGGGAAAGCUCGUCUAUUCGGGCGCGAUGGCCAAGUGCCACGCGUACUUCAGCGAGAUCGGGCACCCGUGUCCGCCUGGGUUCAACAUCGCGGACUUCUUGAUCGAUCUCACGAUGCAGGCGGACCCGGAGUCGCACAGCACAGAGGGCUCAUCUACGACUACAUCGACAAUGGCCGCCCCUUCGUCUGCGGGCGACGCGCCGUUCAGGGACGAGGAACAAGGACUGCUCACGCCCACGACGGUGCGCCCCUUUGCAGGCGCCGCAGAAGAUGCGACAGAGCCCCAGGCCCAGCAGCACCUCACCUCGGACGCGGCCUCGGACGGGUUCCUGAAGCGCAAGACGUCGCAGCUCCUCGAGGCCGUGUCCUUCACGUCGUCGCACGGCCCAGGGGACGCGCCGCUCUCGCCGCGCCUUGCGACGCUCGUGGAUGCGUAUGCCACCAGCGCGGUCGCGGCGGCGAUGAAGAGCGAGAUCGAGGACGUCGCGCGCGCGCGUGGCGGGGAGGACGCGGGCGGGGAGAUGCGUGACGUCGUGGUGGAGAGCGGGCUGCUGCGCGGGCGGAAGCGGGCGAGCUGGACGACGCAGUUCGGGAUUUUGAGCGGGAGGGCGUUCAAGAACUUGUAUCGGGACCCGGCGCUGCUGACGGCGCAUUAUACGGCCUCGAUCGCGCUCGCUCUGAUAUGUGGACUAUUCUACCAGAACGUGUCGAAUGACAUCGGAGGGUUCCAGAAUAGGCUGGGCGCGUUCUUCUUCAUGUUGGCGCUGUUCGGUUUCUCGUGCCUGUCUAGCGUUGGCCUGUUUGCGAACGAGAGGAUCCUCUUCAUGCGGGAGCGGUCAAACGGCUACUAUUCGUCGUUCACGUACUUCUCCUCCAAGGUCCUUUUCGACAUCUUGCCCUUGCGUAUCGUGCCACCCAUGUUGUUCGGCGGGAUCGUGUACGGCCUCGUCGGCUUCGUGCCGACCGUUGCCGCGUUCUGGAAGUUCCUGCUCACGCUCGUGCUGUUCAACCUCACGACCGCAAGCGCGGUGCUGCUCAUCGCCGUCGCGUGCGAGAGCACGAGCGUCGCGAACUUCGCGGGAACGUUAGUGAUGCUGUUCAACUUGCUGUUCACUGGUCUGCUCAUCAACCGGUCGAAAGUGCAUCCUUUCCUUCAAUGGUUGCACACCAUCUCUUUCUUCCAUGCCGCGUUCGAGGCGCUCUCCGUCAACGAGCUCCGCUAUCUCCAGCUCAAGGAGGUCCAGUACGGCGUCGAAAUCGACGUGCCGGCGGCGACGAUCCUGUCCAUCUUCGGCCUGCGCGCGCAGUCGUUCUGGUGGCCGAACAUCGCGCUGCUAAGUAUCUUCUUCGUGGCGUUCACGUUCUUGAGUUAUCUCGUGCUACAUUUCCACGUGCGAGAGAAGCGGGUGAGCAUCCCGGUGCCCGCUGUUCUGUCUUCCAACAUGAGCCCGUCGAUCGCAGUGAGCGAAAUCACGUCCCUCCUGCGCAGCGCGGCUGACCACGCGUACAACGUCAUUGAGAGCCUCGUCCCGCCCGCGCGGGACUACAACUGGUACGAAGACUCUACUGUAAAGCUACGAGAUGUGCAGAGGUCAUGCGAGCACGUCGCGCGGAGCCUGGCCACUGGUGCCAGCAUCACAACCUCCUUGACAGCAAGCCUCAUACUCGCAGCCGCUGCGACCAACAACUCACAAGAUCGAAAGUUUGGAGCCGUAUCCCGUCUUGUUCAAACAAAGUACGGCUGGGAUGAAACAGAGCGCGGUUGCAGCGGCGAUGAGAGCGAGAUCGAGGACGUCGCGCGGGCGUGCGGGGGGAAUGACGCGGGCGGGGAGAUGCGCGACGUGGUAGUAGAGAGCGGGCUGCUGCGCAGGCGGAAGCGGACGUGA